UGUUUUGAUACACAAGGUGGCCAUUUAUUUCAACGUUUAGGUAAAGGAAAAGAUCCUUUCUCAUGUAAAGACAAACAUAGGGAUGACACAACACAAGCGCUUGAUCUUUUGGGACAAUGGAUCCUUAACAUAGCAGCAUCAAACAAUUCUGAGUACAAAGAACAAUUAUUAACAUACCUUAAUUCAACUUUAUCAAUUUUUGAUAAAACUAAAUCACAUAUUUCAGAACCACCUAGUCUUUUAUAUGUUAAAACAGCUCUCCGUCUUGGACAAGUAAAUCUUAUAAAAAUAAUGGAAGAUGAUCAUAAUCUUACACCUGAAAAAUCGAAAAAGGUUGGAGAAUCAUUGGGAAUUGUAACAUGGAAAUCUCGACAUGAAGUGCGUCAGAAUAAAGAAAUUCUUGAAAAUCCAAAUUCUUUGGCUGAAUAUCAAUCUGCCUUUCCAGCAUCAGUUCAGUCUGAAAGAGAUAGAAUACAAACACUCUUAUCUGAAUAUAUAGGAGACAUAUUUACAAUUAAUAAAGAUCGUAAUGUACAAUCACGAAAAGAAGCUAUAUGGAAACUUGUCGAAAGCCUAUUAGCUGCAUUUCAACUACCUGACCCAACAACUCAUGAACUUUUUGUAAAUACAAUGGAAAUAAAUGAAACAGGGUUUUCUCUUCUUUCAUCAUGUUAUAUGGAAGGAAUAAACAGGCAAAAUUCUCUCUAUCGUCAAGAAAUUUUAAAAGUUGAAAAAAGAGUUGUUAAAGGUCGAAGACGGCAUGAUAUAAAUGUAUAUAAACUAUCAUCUUUUAAUAAUGCGAAAGAAAUUCUUUCUCAGUUACUUACUUGUAAUUCUUUUUCUGAUGAUGACAAAUUAUUGUAUGAAGUUCUUCAUAAACUUCAGGAUGUAGAUCCAGGUUGGACAAAAGAGCGUGUUAUCAUGUAUUGGAGAAAUCACAAAAAAUAA